CGAAGCUCCAGGUCAUCAACCAUUGACUGCCAAUCCAGAACGUCUUUUCUUAGGGCCAAUCCUUUAUUUUCAACCGACAAGAUGUGGGAAAUCCCAGAUGCUGAUCCCGAGGAGCCCGUCGAGACAAAGCCCUUCAAAUUCGUGACAGGUUUUGACGCUCGCUUCCCUAACCAAAAUCAGACCAAGCACUGCUGGCAGAACUAUGUCGACUAUCACAAGUGCAUAUUAGCCAAGGGUGAAGACUUCAAGCCCUGCCGACAGUUCUUCCUCGCUUACCGAUCUCUUUGCCCCAAGUCCUGGACUGACCGAUGGGAUGAUCAACGCGACGCCGGCAACUUCCCUGUUCGUCUUGACCGAUAAAGGAACUUCACCCAUAUGAAAAAAGACUCAUGAUGAAAAUGCUUGUAUACAGCUAGUCUUGCACAAUACAAAUGGGCAGAGUGUUUUUCGAGACCACUAAAUUUACAGGAAGUGUAUAUAACAGUGUGACAAUAAGUUUUCAAUUGGGAAUAUCGAUACUGUCAAAGUUCUUAA